AUGAACUUGGAGUUACUUGAGUCAUUUGGACAGAACUACCCAGAGGAAUUUGAUGGGACGCUUGAUUCAAUAUCAUUAGCAGCAACUUGUGCCUUCAACAGAAGAGGUACUCUACUGGCAGUGGGAUGCAAUGAUGGCAGGAUUUUUAUAUGGGACUUUUUAACCCGUGGCAUAGCUAAAUCAAUAUCUGCACAUGUUUAUCCAGUUUGUAGCCUUAGCUGGUCCAGAAAUUGUAAGAAGCUACUCUCAGCAUCAACGGACCACAAUGUAUGUAUAUGGGAUGUUCUGACUGGAGAAUGUGAACAGAGGUACAGAUUUCCAACUCCAAUAUUAAGAGUGCAGUUUGACCCAAGAUGUGACAGACGAUUUUUAGUCUGUCCCAUGAGACAUGCAGCACUGCUGGUCGACACAGAAGGGGAACAUAAAAUACUACCUAUUGAUGAAGAUGGAGACAUAAAUGUAAUAGCAUCAUUCGACCGUCGUGGGGACCACGUGUACACAGGCAAUGCCAAAGGAAAGAUACUCAUUUUAGACUGUCAGUCGUUAGCGUUGAAAGCCAGUUUCAAAAUAACUGUUGGCACAUCAAGCACUACUAGCAUCAAAAGCAUAGAGUUCGCGAGAAGAGGAAAUUGUUUCUUAGUGAAUACAUCAGAUCGUGUUAUAAGAGUCUACGAUACGAACACAGUUCUCAGAUGUGGUAUGAACGGCGAACCUGAACCUAUACAAAAAUUACAGGAUUUAGUAAACAAAACGACAUGGAAAAAGUGCUGUUUCUCCGGUGACGGCGAAUACAUUUGCGCAGGUUCGGCGCGACAGCACGCCUUGUACAUCUGGGAGAAGUCUAUCGGCAACUUGGUGAAGAUCCUUCACGGAACCAAAGGGGAGUUGCUUCUCGAUGUCGUCUGGCAUCCGAUCAGACCGAUUAUAGCUAGUAUAAGUGCAGGUGUCGUAUCAAUCUGGGCACAGAACCAGGUCGAGAACUGGUCGGCGUUCGCUCCUGACUUCAAAGAGCUGGAUGAGAAUGUAGAGUAUGAGGAACGGGAGAGUGAAUUCGACGUGGAGGACGAGGACCGCUCUGUAGACCAGACAGGGGAGAGCCAUAAUGAUGAGGAAGUCGAGGUUGACGUAACGACGUGUGAGCCGGUGGCAGCUUUCUGCAGUUCUGACGAAGAAGGCGAAGACGAGAAUAUGUUGUCCUUCUUACCUAUUGCGCCAGAGAUUGAGGAUCCAGAGGAUGGUUGGGCAGCUACCCAAGAAACAGUUACACCGACAGAAACACCUGAGAAGUUAGAACCUGCCGCUAAGAGGCCAAAGAGUAAGACCUACGACAUAUCGCUGAAGAUAGCGCCACCUGAGCAACCGUUAUCGUUUGGAGGUAAAAAUAAGCAAACAUCUGGAAGUAAAAAGGUUGCUGGCCGUCCUCGUAAAUAG